AUGAAGCUAAUGAGAUGGAAUGGAAACAUUCAAUUCGAUCAUUCAUACGUUUCGUCUAUUUUUAUAUUUAUUUUUUAUCCUACCUACGCCAUAACUAUUCGUGGAGAGCUCUUUGAGAAAAAGUUCCAGUUCACGUCAAAGAGCUCUGUGGUUGAGGUUGGCAAAAGCGAAGAUUUUAAAGACAGCAAUAGUUUCCAAGACAUUUCUUCUUCUAAAGGUCAUUUGCAGCAGUUACGAAACGAAAAUGACGGCCCCGACAGCAAAGUAAACGAAGAUAGCGAUGAUUGGAGAGUGAUUCACAAACAAAAAAGUAUGCAGAAACAUGACCUGUUGAUGAGUUACAUAUCCGCUAUUGAGAUGUACGGCAACACAAUCGCAAAAUUGUUCACAAGAUACAACGCAAAAUUCCAACAGACCAUGAUCACCAAGAAUAUUAUGAUGCAAGUUCGGAUUAUUUUGGUUGAACAAUUACUUGAAAAGAAAAAUGGAGAGGUUUCAUUUCCUGAUUAUAAAAACGAUCCUAGACUAUCCAGUUGGAAGUGUGGAAUUGAAAGAAUUUCUCUGCCGUCGUCAAUUCCGAGUACAAAAUUUGAACCCAUGAAAACGAUUCAUGUGACUUUCUUAAGAUUUCGUACAGCUGCUGUGAUACAGAGGUUUCACAAAGAAGACGACAAUGAAGAGGAAAUAGUAGAUGACAACCCAGUAGUGGUCGGAUCGCAACUUUUAUCAAUGAAUGUUGUUCCUCAUCUUGGAGACGAAAUGAAGCUCCCUGUCUCUAUCACCUUCGCCAAUGACGAUUUGUCGCAGAAGAAUUUACCACAUCAAUGUUCUUUCUGGAAUCGAACAGAGGAAUCAUGGCAAGACCAUGGCUGCAAGAAGAUAUUUUCAAACGCUUCUAUAACCACCUGUGAAUGUACGCAUCUAACAACCUUCGGCGUCUUGGUUGAUACUUCCGGAAAGGCUGUCGUGGAGCCGCCUGCGGUUGUUGAUAAGAAACCCACUGCUGAUGGCGAAAGCGUUAAGGGUGGGGUUGUUAUCAAGGGUGGGAAUGAAAAAACUGAGGAGCAGACUAGUAAGGGCGGCAGUAGCGGUAUUGAAGUUAAUAAAGAACCUAAGGAAGAAAAGCCAAAAGCGGAAGAAAAACCGAAGAAGGAGGAGAAACCAAAAGAAGAAGAGAAGAAACCUGAUACAACCACGACCACAACAACAACCACGACAACCUCUACAACUACCACUACCACGGAAGCACCACCACCACCGGGACCAAGCAAAGCACCUGGUAAAAGCAAGCAAGAAAGCAAAAAGAAAGAUCGCAAAUGGUUAUGGAUUCUACUCUUGUUGUUGCUGUUGUUGUUGUUACUGUUGCUAUGUUGCUGCUGCAUUUGUUGUUUGUGUUGCAGAAGAAAAAGGAAAAAAGAAGAAGAUGAUCACAGAGAUAUACUGAACGAAACAUCAUCAGCUCCUGAAACAGAUCCUACAAGUGAUAACUUGGUUGAUAAAAGCAAAAUUAAUCAGGAUCCACAACGCGGUCCAGUAACACCUGGAACAACAUCUUCCUCCUCAUCAAGAUCGAGUUCUCCAGAACCUGGAAAUAGUCCUGGAUGGAGAAAAUUGAUGAGCAAUGCUCAACACCCAAAGAAUAUGUUACUGAGAGAAAAAGCUUUGCUCUUCAAAGACUACGUUCAACCUUACCAUUUCCUCACAAAAGAAAAAGAAAGACCAGAUACAAGUGCUGAAUCUAUUUACGGAUCCACAGUUACUUCAUACCCGAAUACUUCCGAACCAAGUACUCAGACAACACCAAGACGAAUGCGGUCGUAUCAACCGCGUCCGAAACGAGAAAAAUCCCCGAUCCCAAAGAGUAUGUAUAAUGAUAAAAAUAGAACUCCAGAAAAAUCGGAUUCUUCGGAAUCUUCUCCAGAGUCUACCCGACGCGAACCUUAUCGUCUGCGGAGAAGACCUCCAAAUUCGGAUGACGACAGUCCGAUAAGUGACAGGCGAAAUGACAGGAUAAUGCCGGCAAAUUUGAACGAAGCUACCUCAAUGGAGUGGGAUCCUUACCUAGAAAAUAAACAAAAAUCUGGUAAUAGACGAAACAAAGCAAAUGCUAGAAGAAGAAGAAAUAUUUCCCCGAUAUCAGAAGAAGAUGAAGACAAUAACAAACCCACUACAAGUAUAGAUGCUCAAAAUGGCUCUGACAUAAUAGACAGUGCAUCUUCAGAGGGCUCGUCUUACACUGAAAGUGCGCCCAACUCAGAGAGAACGAUAACUUCUGGCGAUAUACGUAGCCCUAAUACUACUCGUGGGCAAACAACAACAGACUUUAACUCGACUACUCAAACAUCAGGUAAAACUGGUACAACGAGGUCACCUACUUCGUCCACGGAAGACUCGUCACGUGAUCCAAGAUAUACAAACAAUAGGUGAUUUUUUAUAGAAAAAUCUAGGCCUAAAAAUAUAUUUUAAUUGCAAAACUUUCUAAUAAACUUCUUUCCUCAUUGCUGGAAAUCAGAAAAAAAACUCCAGGCUAAUUUAAAAAAAACAAAAUUUGGGUGCGUCGGUUUAAGAAAUAUUUUAAUAUCUAAUUCUUUGGUUUGAGUUCUACUUUUGAUAUUAAUUGUAUUAUAUUUUUGUAGUUGACAAUUGUACAGUGUAGAUUUUGCUAUGACGACUAAAUGAGAGAAUUUAUUGA